AGCAGCCGGAUUAGUACGUGUCUCCCCCUCGGGAAAGCCGCUAAUUACUUUCGAGUCCUCCUCCUCCUCCCCCAUGUGAGUCGAGUCGUCUCUUCCCUCUCCUCUCCUCUCAUCCUCGUCGCCGCACCCGGCUGCACCUACCGGAAGAAGAGAGGGCGCGCGCUGGUCCACCUCACCGCGCCCGGAGCCAGGUCGUCUCCGUCGUCGGCGGGCUCUUCGGCUGGGCGGAGAUGGUGCCAGCUCGCGGGAGCACGGCCACCUCCUUCUUCUUCGUUUUCUUCUUCCUGCUGGUCCUCGCUGCCUCCGCGUUGGACGACCGUGGCCAAGAGCGGGACAGAUCGGCGCUUCUCCAGCUCGGAGGCGCCGCCGCGCUGCUGGGGCGGUGGUCGCCGGGCUCUGGGGUCGCUGACCACUGCUCCUGGCCCGGGGUGACGUGCGAUGCAAGUCGCCGGGUCGUCGCCCUUGUGGCCGCGCCCCCUGCCUUGGCGCGCUCGGAGCCCGGGCGGGAGGUCGCUGGUGAGCUGUCAUCGGCGGUGGGGCUCCUCGCCGAGCUGAGAGAGCUCUCCUUUCCCUCGUGCGGCCUUCGCGGCGAGAUCCCUGCGGAGAUCUGGAGGUUAGAGAAGCUCGAGGUGGUCAACCUCGCGGGAAACUCUCUCCGGGGCGCCCUUCCGGCCUCCUUCCCGCCACGGAUGAGGGUGCUUAACCUCGCUUCCAACCUCCUGCAUGGUGAGAUUCAUGGCUCCCUCUCUGACUGCAAGAGCUUGGAGAGGUUGAAUCUUUCCGGCAACCGCCUCGCCGGGUCGGUCCCCGGAGCUCUUGGCAGCUUGACCAAGUUGAAGCAGCUUGACUUGUCGCGGAACCUUCUUACGGGGAGAAUUCCCUCAGGUUUGGGGAAUUGCAGGCAGCUCCGCUCCCUGCAGCUGUUCUCCAAUUUGCUGGACGGUUCGAUUCCACCUGAGAUUGGAAAUUUGAGGAAGUUGCAGGUUUUGGACAUAUCGAGUAACCGAUUGAGUGGUCUGAUCCCAACGGAACUAGGAAAUUGCUUGGAUUUGUCAGUACUCGUAUUGUCGAGCCAGUUUAAUGCUGUGAAUUCGUCUGAGCUCAAUACAUUUCAUGGAGGAAUUCCGGAAAGUGUGACAGCUUUGCCAAAGCUUCGGGUGCUGUGGGCGCCAAGGGCAGGUCUUGAAGGGAACAUUCCAAGCAAUUGGGGAAGGUGUUAUAGUUUGGAAAUGGUUAACCUUGGGGAAAACUUACUUUCUGGAGUGAUUCCCAGGGUGCUAGGGCAGUGCAGCAGCCUCAAGUUUCUCAAUCUCAGCUCGAAUAAAUUGUCCGGUUCUAUCGAUAACGGUCUUUGUCCGCAUUGUAUGACUGUUUUUGAUGUCAGCAGAAAUGAACUAUCCGGCACUAUUCCAGCAUGUGCUAACAAAGUUUGUGCUUCCCAGCUAUUGGAUGGCAUCCCAUCUCGUUAUCCAUCAGUCUUGAUGUCCAAAGCUUUAGCACAACUAUCAUUGGGGUAUUGCAACUCUGGAAAUUGUUGUGCCGUGUACCACAAUUUUGCAAACAACAAUCUUGGAGGCCAUCUUAUAUCAUUACCCUUUGGUGCAGACAGAUUUGGAAAUAAUACCUUGUAUGCUUUUCACGCUGAUUACAAUAGCUUCACAGGAUCUUUGCAUGAAAUUUUGCUGGAGCAGUGUACUAAUGUGAAGGGGCUGAUUGUCAGUUUCCGGGGCAACAAGAUAUCUGGUGGGCUUACAGAGGAAUUGAGUACAAAAUGCAGUGCCAUCAGAGCUUUGGAUCUUGCUGGUAAUCAAAUAUCAGGAGUGAUGCCUGCUAACAUUGGUUUGCUGGGUGCUGUUGUCAAGAUGGACAUUAGCAGGAAUUUACUGGAGGGUCGUAUUCCUGCCAGUUUCAAAGAUCUACAGAGUUUGAAAUUUCUCUCAUUAGCUGGGAAUAAUCUCAGUGGCACCAUUCCAUCCUGUUUGGGUAAGUUGAGAUCACUGGAGGUUUUGGAUCUCUCGUCUAAUUCCCUGUCUGGGAAGAUCCCAAGGAAUCUUGUGACACUGGGAGAUCUGAAAACGCUUUUGCUGAACAAUAAUAAGCUUUGUGGAAAUAUUCCUGAUGUUACCCCUUCAGCAUCACUAUCCAUUUUUGACAUUUCAUUCAAUAAAUUGUCUGGCCCAUUGCCUUUGAAUAUGCAGUCAUUGACAUGCAACAAUAUUCAAGGAAAUCCCUCCCUCCUGCCUUGUGGGUUGUCUACAUUCUCAAAUACAUUAAUGAAGGUCCGAGUACUGACGGAGGGAGAUGGUUCACCACCAGAUAGUACAAGUACUGAUAAUGGUGGUGGCUUCAGCAAAAUAGAGAUUGCCUCGAUUACAUCAGCAUCAGCUAUUGUCGCUGUUCUCUUGGCUCUGAUUAUCCUGUAUAUUUACACACGGAAAUGUGCAACAAGACAAUCAAGACGUUCACUCAGAAGGGAAGUGACUGUUUUUGUGGAUAUUGGUGCUCCAUUGACGUAUGAGACUGUUGUACGUGCUACUGGAAGUUUUAAUGCAAGCAAUUGUAUUGGAAGUGGUGGCUUUGGAGCAACAUACAAAGCUGAGAUUGCACCUGGAGUUCUGGUGGCGAUAAAAAGGCUUGCGAUUGGAAGGUUCCAGGGUAUUCAGCAGUUCCAAGCAGAGGUAAAAACCCUUGGGAGGUGCCGCCAUCCAAAUCUUGUAACACUCAUAGGGUACCAUCUCAGUGAUUCAGAGAUGUUUCUUAUAUAUAAUUUUCUGCCUGGUGGUAAUUUGGAAAGAUUCAUACAAGAAAGGACCAAGAGACCAAUUGAUUGGAGAAUGCUUCACAAAAUUGCUCUAGAUAUUGCACGGGCACUUGGAUUCCUUCAUGAUAGUUGCGUCCCUCGCAUUCUGCACCGGGACGUGAAACCAAGCAACAUUUUACUUGACAAUGAAUACAAUGCAUACCUGUCUGAUUUUGGAUUAGCAAGACUGCUUGGGAAUUCAGAAACACAUGCAACAACUGGUGUAGCAGGUACUUUUGGAUAUGUUGCUCCAGAGUAUGCAAUGACAUGCCGUGUUUCUGAUAAGGCAGAUGUGUACAGCUAUGGAGUCGUACUUCUUGAGCUUAUUUCAGACAAGAAGGCACUGGACCCUUCUUUUUCUCCAUAUGGGAAUGGGUUCAAUAUUGUUGCCUGGGCAUGCAUGCUUCUGCAGAAGGGUCGAGCCCGUGAGUUCUUCAUAGAAGGACUGUGGGAUGUGGCCCCACAUGAUGACUUAGUUGAGAUUCUUCACCUUGGUAUCAAGUGCACUGUUGACUCUCUUUCAUCUAGGCCCACAAUGAAGCAAGUUGUUCGACGACUAAAGGAACUCAGACCGCCUUCUUACUAGGAAUAGCAAUUCAAGGAUAAUCUAAUGUCUGCAAACUGAGAAAGGAAGCAAUGGGACAUCAGAGGGAUGAAGUCUGUGAUCUUGAUCAGAUGAUUUGCUACUAGAGCUUUGGAGGAUUCUAUGAUCACGACUGCCAAUGAUGUUCGAAACAAAUAAUGGACAAACUGGCCACAUGUCAGUACUCUCAAAUCGCAACGGAUCAAGUAGGACAUGCAUGGCAGUUGAACCCUUGUUGAUUACCUGGUUUUAAAUUACUGUUUGACUGACAGAUUGAAAGUUAGAAAGUAAGUAGUCUAGUAAAGUUACUCAGCAAAAGGGGACGUCUGAGGAAGUUGGGCUGCGCCUAGCAUGCCCUACAAGCAUAAUACUUCUUUUUCUUCUGAGAGGUACAAGGCAUGCAUAACAUAGUGAAGCUAACAGAAGAUAGGUUUGUGCGCUUUGCGAACUGCGAAGUGUGGCUUUGCGAACUGCGAAGUGUGGCUCUCAUUGGAAAUCAACUGUCAUGAUGCGGUGGGGCAAUGAAAUUUCUUGUUGGAAAUUCUGCAGGUAAAACUGUCCCCAGAGUUCUUUGUGUCAAUCUUUGAACUCUGGCAGAUUGACAAUCUGUAGAACAUUUGGCCACUGAGCUGAAUGAAGGAUCCUAUGUUAGCCCACUGUACUCAGCAGUACAGACUGAACAUCCUCCAGCCAGAGUGGCCAUUUGCAAACAAGUGCCCUCAUUGAUCUCA